AUGAAUCCCCUAACGCAGAUCAAGAACACGCAGAAAAUAACAGCGCGAGAGACUGCUAGAGGGGUAUCGGACGAAGCAUCAUGGCACGCCAAGUACAAAGAGUCCGCGUAUGUUUUCGUCGGCGGUCUUCCGUACGACCUCACUGAGGGGGACCUCCUUGCGGUCUUUGCCCAGUACGGUGAAAUAAUGGAUGUGAAUCUGGUGCGGGACAAGUCCACUGGCAAGUCCAAGGGCUUCGCGUUUCUGGCGUACGAGGACCAGCGCAGCACCAUCCUCGCUGUAGACAACCUGAACGGCGCUAAGGUUGCCGGGCGGAUAGUAAGGGUGGACCACGUGGCGGACUACAAGAGGAUAGCCAAGGAGGAUGAGGAGGAGCGGGAGAAGCGCAGGGAAGAGAACGGAGUCUGCUAUGCGUUCCAGAGAGGGGAGUGCUCACGAGGAGACAAUUGCCGAUUCUCUCAUGAUGCCCAGGUAGAGUUCAUCUGA